AUGAAUUUCAGCAAUAAUGAUAAGAAAAGAAACCUACCUUCACAUGCAGAUGAAAAUGAAUACGACUUUUCUCAACCACCCUCAGACGUGGAAGGUGUUGGAAAUACCACUACAAACUUAAACACGAAUAUGGUUCCUAAUGCUGCAAGUUCCUCUUCCAUGCAUAAUCCAUAUUAUUAUGGAGGAUCCAUAAUACCACAAUUUCCAUUUAGUGGAUCCAUGUAUAACCACCAGCCCAUGAAUUAUGGUAACAUGAUGCCAUAUUGUGAUUACAAUUAUGUUAAUAAAAGAUCUACAAAAAAGAAAAAAAAUUACCACAAUUAUGCAAAGAAUCAGAACAAUGGACUCUCAAUACUGAAGGAGGCCCUCGUGGAUCCCUGGGCACAGUUGUAUACCAAAUAUCCGAACAUCAUCUUUGACUAG